GAGUGGGGCACCAUUGUGUACAGAACUACAGAUUCCCUCCAUAUUAUUACUCGUAUUUUUUUUGAUCGGCUCCCUCCAUAUUACUAUACUAUUACCACUCGUUGUACUCGUAUAUACGAUCUUGCUCUACUCACUGGCUAAAACGCCAUCUCUCUCCUCUAGGAAAUUGUUAUUGUUUGUUUAUAUGGGGUGUUGAAUUGAAACCCCAUAUUCUAUCUAACCUCUUCUCAAUCCCUCAUUUCUCACUGUCGUCUACCUGGGUUCAGAAGCAGACCCAAAAACCAGGGCUCAACAACUCCUGCAUAGCCCUGCAUUUUCCCCAUUUCGCUUCUGAAUCCACCAUUUCCCUUCGAAACUCUCAACACUACGAACUACAUACAGAAAACCCCAAACAAAUCCAACCAAAGCACCAACCCCCAUUUAGCUUAAACAAAUAGGAAAAUCAUUUUCACCCCAAAAAGAAACCGGAACAAACCGUGAUGGAUCUCUUCUCUUUCACCCCCUUCCCUCUCAUUCUCACUCUGCUUCUUCUUUCAAAAGGUGUUUUGGGGGCUACAUUCACCUUCUACAACAAAUGUGACUACACAGUAUGGCCUGGAAUCCUAGCAAAUGCAGGCAGCCCUAGUCUCGACAGCACUGGAUUCGAGCUCCCCACUGACAGCUCACGCACGUUCCAAGCCCCAACCGGCUGGUCGGGCCGAUUCUGGGCCCGGACCGGGUGCAACUUCGACGGAUCCGAGUCCACGUCCUGCUCCACCGGCGACUGCGGCUCAGGCGAAGUAGAAUGCAACGGCGCCGGAGCCGCGCCCCCGGCGACCCUAGCCGAGUUCACUCUAGGUACGGGCGGGCAGGAUUUCUACGACGUAAGCCUCGUGGACGGGUACAACGUGCCCAUGAUAGUGGAAGCGAGUGGCGGGUCGGGUAUGUGCGCGUCGACCGGGUGCGUGACCGACUUGAACUCGCAAUGCCCAGCCGAAUUGAGGGUGAGUGACGGUGGGGGGUGUAAGAGCGCGUGCGAGGCGUUCGGGAGUCCUCAGUACUGUUGCAGCGGCGCGUAUAACUCACCCGCGACCUGUAAGCCGUCGAUUUACUCGGAGAUGUUUAAGUCGGCCUGUCCGAGGUCGUAUAGUUAUGCGUAUGAUGAUCCUACGAGCACGUUCACGUGUGCCGGUGCUGAUUAUACCAUCACGUUUUGCCCCUCCACGCCAAGUCAAAAAUCUGCUAGCUAUUCACCACCCCCACCGACGACUGCGGAUGGUUCUGGAUCUGGGUCUGGGUCAGGAUCUAUGGAUUAUUCGGGGUCAGGGACUUUUGGUUCUGGUUCAGAAACGAUGGGUUCGGGUUCGGGUUCGGGUUCCGGCUCAGGGACUAUGGGUUCGGAUUCAGGCUCAGGGACUAUGGGUUCAGGUUCAGGGACUACGGGCUCGGGUUCAGAAACGAUGGGUUCAGUUUCAGGGUCUGGAUCUGCAUCUGAAGCUAUGUUAUCUGAUGGGACGUAUCUAGCUCGUUUGGCCAUGGGUGAUUCAACCAGGACUCUCUCUCCCUCUGCUUUGCAUUCUGCUCUUAUUGCCUAUGCAACUUUCUCUUUUAUCUUCUCUUUUCUCUACUUGUAGACUGUGGUCUCUCUAUCUCGCUCUCUCUCACGGCAAAUGGCUUUUCGGGGAAUGGGGUUUUGGCUUUUUUAGUUGUAUUAGACGUGAUGGAUUAAUCCAGAUUGUAAACCACCAACUUCCAAUUCUCCCACAAAAUCAGUGUUCAUAUAA